AUGGAAGACAAUAAGGUCGAGGUGCUCUUUGAGAACGGCGCCUAUUACGAGGGCUUUGUUACGGGUGUAAUGGAAAACGAAGUUCUAGUUUCUUUCCCUGAUGAUUGGUAUUCUGAAACUAAAUUCAACUAUGACAAUGUUCGAUUACCCUUGUCAGAUGAACAAUGUAGUACAGAGUUUAUUUACAAUCAAGAAAUAGAAGUAAAAUCGGUCAUAGAACCUCAUCCUUGUUAUGGGUGGGUAAAAGCAAUAAUAAAAAUGAUCAGUGGUAACCCACCAUCCCAGUUCGUGGUCCAAUAUUUGAACUCAACAGCUGAACAAAUAUUUGUCUCUCCUGAUAAAAUCAGAUGCAGUAACAUAAAUUCACACAUUAAUGGCAAUACAUUUUACACAACUGAUAUUGAUGUACCCGAAGAUGUUAGAGAAUUUGCUAAAAUUGAUGGCAUCCAUAAAGAUCUACAGAUAGCAAUUGGCGCCUCCUUGGUGUUAUAUAAUCCUGAUCGAUCAAUGUUGAGUGUUAUAUCUCGUUCACCAUUGACCAGUAAAAUAACAUUGAUAUUAGCCGACGUACACUUUAGAAAACUGAACCACAAUGUUAUGUUGCUUAAGAAGACUGAAGAGUUAGCCAAGCAACUGGAAAGCUCCAAGCUAAAUAUUACAUCAUCACCUUAUUCUGAUGAAUUUAAUGUACUUGAUGAACUUAUGGGUUUGGCUAUUGGAACUCGUGGCACUAAUAUUGAACGAGCUCGCCGGAUUGACGGUAUUACAAAUAUUGAAUUAGAUAAACAUACCGGAAUUUUUAAAAUUUAUGUAAAUAGUAAAGACUCUAUCAAGAAAGCUCGAAGAAUUUUAGAGUAUAAGAAAAAAUGUCUUCAAGUUCAAAGAGAUUUCAUUGGAAAAUUAAUUGGUAAAAAUGGUAGUAACAUCAAAGAUAUCAUUGCGAAAAGCGGAGUGAUCAAAAUAGAAAUUGAAGGUGAUAAAGGACUACAGCCUAACAUUCCUCGUAAAGAGGGUUAUGUUCUUUUUGUGAUUGUUGGCACUGUAGAAAGCAUAUUUACUGCUAAAGUUCUAAUAAAACAGAUUAAAGAACUUGAACAAAAUAGGAAAGAAACACAAAUGGAAAUGGCGAUGCAAAGGCGAUACAACCGGUAA